CCAUCAAGCCCCUCUGUAGUGGUAGAGUGUCGGCAUGCCUGGCUGGUGGUCAAUGUCAGCAAAAACCUUUUUGGUACUGGGAGGCUUGUGAGGCCUGCAGACCUCACCCUGGGUCCGGAGAACUGUGAGCCCCUGAUCUCUGGGGACUCAGAUGAUAUGGUCAGGUUUGAAGUCGAGCUGCACAAGUGUGGCAACAGCGUGCAGGUGACCGAAGAUGCCCUGGUGUAUAGCACCUUCCUGCUCCACAACCCCCGCCCCGUGGGAAACCUGUCCAUCCUGAGGACCAACCGCGCGGAAGUUCCCAUCGAAUGCCGCUACCCCAGGCACAGCAACGUGAGCAGCGAGGCCAUCCUGCCCACCUGGGUGCCCUUCAGGACCACAAUGCUCUCAGAGGAGAAGCUGGCUUUCUCUCUGCGCCUGAUGGAGGAGGACUGGGGCUCCGAGAAGCAGUCCCCCACUUUCCAGUUGGGAGACCUAGCCCACCUCCAGGCCGAAGUCCACACCGGCCGCCACAUACCACUGCGACUGUUUGUGGACUACUGUGUGGCCACGCUGACACCAGACCAGAACGCCUCCCCUCAUCACACCAUCGUGGACUUCCACGGCUGUCUCGUGGAUGGUCUCUCUGAUGCCUCUUCUGCCUUCAAAGCCCCCAGACCCAGGCCAGAGACUCUCCAGUUCACAGUAGACACGUUCCACUUUGCUAAUGACCCCAGAAACAUGGAAGUGGUUGUAGCUGGUGUGAGGAGGAAGUGUGGGGAGCAGGUCAGCUCCAGCCAGUUCCAGAUGGGCCUCAUCUCUCCGGGUGCCACCGAGAGGCGGCCUCCAGCCCUGAGAUCCGAGGGCCCUGCCUCCACCUCGCCCCAGUCCAGCCUCCCUUCAGACACUUCUAUCCUGCUUCGGAUUCUGUGCCUCUCUCUCUCUCUCUCUCUCUCUAGUCGGAGCUUCAGCGGGAGCGGUGCCCAGGCCGAACCCCAGCUGUAG